AUGGGGAGGCGUACCGGAAGUAGACGUCUCUCUUCCGUUUCCUUGGCCAGAAGCGGAAGGAACCCCUUUAGGCCGGCAUGGCGGCGGCGUGGCUGGGCUUCCUGAUCCUAUGCGGCCUGGUUGCCUUCGGCGCUUCGGCGCCGGCGGGCACAGAGGAGGAUGCCUCGGAGAAGGAAGGGACUGCUGACGCAGGUAGGUGGGGAGUUUGUUUCCCGCAAGCGUCCCUCCCAGCCCCCCCCCUUUUGAGAGGCGCUGAGGGAGAGCCGCGCUCUGCACGCGCUCUUGGGCGCUCUUAUCCGAGUUAUUUUGCCUCCUGCGUUUGACGGCGUUUCCACCUCUUUCUCCUCCGCCCCAUUGGCCGUUCCGUGGGGAAUAGGUUCAGGGUCUGAACUCUGAACCCGCAUUUCCCUGGAGUUAAGGCCAAGUGAAGGUGUUAUGGGGGGGCGUUACUGGUUGUGGAGGCGGCGGCGUAGUAUGGUCAGAGCAGGCCUUUUGCGGGGUGGGAGCAGUGCCGGAUUUACGUAUAAGCUAAACAAGCUAUAGCUUAGGGCCCCACUUUCUUGGGGCCCCCCAAAAAACUAAAGAAAAAAACUGGAUGUACAUUUCCAAAAUAUAAGAUAAAAAAACAAAUAAAAUAAAACCUACGUACAGCAACAGUGUUUUGUGUUGUGUAGGCUCCUAUUUGUUAUGUGCAAAUGGCUUUAGAUACCUAUUGGGUCCAUAAGUUACUAUAUAGCAUAUAGUAAAGGUAAAGGGACCCCUGACCAUUAGGUCCAGUCAUGACCGACUCUGGGGUUGCGGUGCUCAUCUCGCUUUAUUGCCGUGGGAGCCGGCAUACAACUUCUGGGUCAUGUGGCCAGCAUGACUAAGCCGCUUCUGGCGAACCAGAGCAGCGCACGGAAAUGCCAUUUACCUUCCCGCCAGAGCGGUACCUAUUUAUCUACUUGCACUUUGACGUGCUUUCAAACUGCUAGGUUGGCAGGAGCAGGGACUGAGCAACGGGAGCUCACCCUGUCGCGGGGAUUCAAACCACCGACCUUCUGAUCAGCAAGUCCUAGGCUCUGUGGUUUAACCCACAGCGCCACCCAUGUCCCAUAUAGCAUAUAUUCAACACAAAAAAGAGUGACAAUUUGUUGUUGACAAAGGACAGCUGGACAUAUAAAGGGCCCCAUUACCCUUAGUAGCUUAGGGCCUCAUCAAACCUAAAUCUGGCCUGGGGUGGGGGUAGAAGUGGGGCCAAAACAGUGGGAGGCCCCUGACCACAGCAGAGCUCUCCAACCAUGUCUAGCGACAAGCGAGGCCAUCCAGGAUCAGCCAUGAAGUCCAUUGCCUAAAAUUGCUUGUUAGUCAGUAGUUACUCCUUAAAGUUGGCUACCUGGACCCUCUCUGGGAAAGUGGCUCCUUUCAUUUGGGAAGAUGGUGAGGUGCAAGUCGGUUAAUGGGAGACACAGGGCAUAUUAGCGAUGGGGGAUAAUGGGCGCUGUGAAGAUGAGAUGAGCUUUGAUGAAUGCACAAUUGAACUGCAGUAUAGAACACUGCACUGCUCAUUUCUGUAGUAGAUAUGCUUCAAAACAUGCUUGGCAGAAUGGAAAAAGACAACAGAGGCACACCUCAAGAGAUUUAGAAAGUGGAGGUUUGAGCACCAGGUGGCCUACCAGUUCAACUGGCGCACAGCACAGCAGUAUAUUUACAUUUGUGUGCAAACUACAUGGUGUGACAUACUAAAUGUUCUUUCUUUUUUUCAUUUCAGGGACUCCCAUUGGGAAUACAGUUCAUGAACAACCCCAAGGUGAUGAGUCUCCUCCCAAAGAGCUAAAACCUGUUGAUCCCAAGCAACUCCUCCAACAGGCAGGUGCCCCUGGAAGCUCCCACGGUGUUGAGUCUCAUGCACAGUCUUCUCCCGAUAAAGCAAAAUCUGUUGAUUCCGAUCGACCUCCCCAACAGCCAGGUGCCUCUGGAAGCUCCAAAGGUGAUGAGUCUCAAGCACAGUCUUCUCCCGAUAAGGCAAAAACUGUUGAUUCCGAUCGACCUCCCCAACAGCCAGGUGCCCCUGGAAGCUCCAAAGGUGAUGAGUCUCAAGCACAGUCUUCUCCCGAUAAGGCAAAACCUGUUGAUUCCGAUCGACCUCCCCAACAGCCAGGUGCCCCUGGAAGCUCCAAAGGUGAUGAGGCUCAAGCACAGUCUUCUCCCGAUAAGGCAAAACCUGUUGAUUCCGAUCGACCUUCCCAACAGCCAGGUGUCCCUGGAAGCACCCACGGUGUUGAGUCUCAUGCACAGUCUUCUCCCGAUAAGGCAAAACCUCUUGAUUCCGAUCGACCUCCCCAACAGCCAGGUGCCCCUGGAAGCUCCAAAGGUGAUGAGGCUCAAGCACAGUCUUCUCCCGAUAAGGCAAAACCUGUUGAUUCCGAUCGACCUCCCCAACAGCCAGGUGCCCCUGGAAGCUCCAAAGGUGAUGAGUCUCAUGCACAGUCUUCUCCCGGUAAGACAAAACCUGUUGAUUCCGAUCGACCUCCCCAGCAGCCAGGUGCCCGUGGAAACUUUCAAGAUGAGCAGUCUGAAGAAGAUCAAGAGGACGACAAAGAGGGUGGAGAGGGAGAGGGGACUCUUGAAGACACCCAGCCUAAGCAUGAUAUGGGGAACUCCCGGGCUAGUCCAACGCCCAAGAAUGGACCUGAAAACAGCCACUUCUUUGCCUAUUUGGUGACCACAGCCAUUGUUGUUGCUGCCUUAUAUAUUGCUUACCACAAUAAACGAAAGGUGGGUGUUUUAACUUUUGUGAGUGUGAGCCAGUCUUGGUGCUUGGCAGAAUAUGUGCAGUAGUGACAGAAGUUUGGCUAGACAUAAUAGUGCUGUGGUCAUUAAAAGAAGGAUCAUUAUAUUUCCUCAGUCAAACUUACCGUAUUUUUCGCCCCAUAGGACGCACUUUUUCCCCUCCAAAAAUGAAGGGGAAAUCUGUGUGCGUCCUAUGGGGCGAAUGCAGGCUUUCGCUGAAGCUGGGAGAGCGAGAGGGGUCAGUGCGCACUGACCCCUCUCACUCUCCAGGCUUCAGGAAGCUAUCAGCAAGCCUGGGGAGCACGCGGGAGUUCCCGCAGGGCUCCCUAGGCUGCGGAUAGCUGCCUGGAGCACGGGGCGCCCUCCGGAGGGCACCCCGUGCUUCGUGCAGGUGUCCGCAAGCCUUGAGAGCCCGGCGGGAGUUGCCGCUGGGCUCGCAAGGCUUGCGGAUAGCAGCCUGUUCUGGGGUCGGGGGAAGCUCGGGCGUCCCCCACCCCAGCCCGGCGGCUGGGGGGGGAAAUAAUUUUUUUUUAUUCAUUCCCCCCCCCAAAAGGGGGUGCGUCCUAUAGGCCAGUGCGUCCUAUAGGGCGAAAAAUACGGUAUUUUCAAGUGAAGGCUGGGACAAGAAGCAUUCAUUGACAUUAGUGUGAUAAGUGGGCUUUUCUAAUUAAAGCACAUUUAAUCUACCCCCCUGCUCUCUCUGCAGGAUUAUGCUCCUUGGUCUGACUUUCUCCCAUCUUCCUGAGUGGUGCAGAAUAUAAGAGUUUCCAUUAAAUUAGUGGGAUGUGUAGGGAUGGAUUGCCUUCUCUUACUUUGUUUUAGAAUUUGUAGCUCGUUGCGCAUUUCCAGGGAGGUCCUUUGGAGAUGUGUUUCCGUAUACUAAACUUAGCCAUCACCAGUCCCAAUAUGCGUCAUGGGUGUGUAGUGGGACCACUUUCUUGGACCAAUCAGAGGUGUGCUUUAGGCCUGUAUGAUACAUCGGCGAGGACCAGGGCCAGGAAACAUUGGUUUGUGUAUCAGCACUGUAUCUUGAGUGAAACUGCCAGUGUUAGAAAGGGGAUAGAAAAGCUAGAAGCCAAAUGGCUCCGGGGACCUGGGUUGUGGGUGCCAAAACAGAAUGUGUAGUUGCCACUGCGGGGGUGUGUGUGCGUCAGCAACACUUUUUAUUUAUUAGUUUGAUAAGCAUGAAUUAAUAUGGAUUCACAUAAGUGACACAUUGUUAAUAUCACACUUUUAGCGGAAAUUGUUAAUAUGUGUUUAAUUUGGUGUUUACAAUACAAAUAUUGGUACUACGGUUUUCAAAACACACUACUCUUUAUUGUUAAACUCCUUAACAUAUUGUCCAUCUUUAACAUAUACAGUGGUACCUCAGGUUACAGACGCUUCAGGUUACAGACUCCGCUAACCCAGAAAUAGUACCUCGGGUUAAGAACUUUGCGUCAGGAUGAGAACAGAAAUUGUUCAGUGGCGGCAGCGGGAAGCCCCAUUAGCUAAAGCGGUACCUCAGGUUAAGAACAGUUCCAGGUUAAGAACAGACCUCCAGAACGAAUUAAGUUCUUAACCCGAGGUACCACUGUACUUGGAGGCUUCAGUCAUCCUUGUUUCAGUCAUCCUUGAGUGUCACCCAGGCGAAAGAAAAUGGCACCGAGACUUUUUGAGGUGCUUGUAAAUAGAGAAUCUUUAGGCGCAAAAUGUGUCUGGCUCCCUGCUAAUUUCGAACCCUGGAAACCGCUGCUGCUAUUUGUUGAAACUUUGAUUCAGAAACUGUGUAGUGGUAUAAUUGCAUCAAUUCAUAUGAUUUCCUGAGGUUUGUGGUAAUGCAGUACCUCUUACUUUGAGCAACAAGCACCUUGCAGUCCUCUUGUUCCAGCUACAUGCUUGUAAUGUUUAAGAAAAGUCACAGGAAAUUUUGAGGGGCGUAGUAAAGUCAAGUGUAAGCAGGGGUGUGUUUUGAAGUGAAACCAGAAGAAUGCUUAAUGUUUCUAACUUUCUGGGGUUGCUUUGUAACUUCAAAUGAGAUAUUUUUUUUUGGUCAGGGAUAUAGAAGUCUGGAAAAAAUAAAAGGGAAUGAAGUGGGAAGAGAGGGAAAUCAUUAUGAAAGCCAUAUGCAGUCAUAAAUGUGUACAGUGGUACCUCAGGUUAAGAACUUAAUUUGUUCUGGAGGUCCGUUCUUGACCUGAAACUGUUCUUAACCUGAAGCACCACUUUAGCUAAUGGGGCCUCCUGCUGCUGCUGCACCGCCGGAGCCCGAUUUCUGUUCUUAUCCUGAAGCAAAGUUCUUAACCUGAAGCACUAUUUCUGGGUUAGUGGAGUGUCUAACCUGAAGCGUACGUAACCCGAGGUACCACUGUACUAGGGAGUAAGCCUGAAUGUUGUUGAACUGUAUUUCUCAUAGCUCUGUGGGCCGUACUGGCUUGGAAUGAUUGGAAUUGUUGUCCAAGGACACCCAGAGGACAUCCCAUUGGCUUUCCCUGCUGUUGGCUAUCUUCUGACCUCUUUCCUUUUCAUCUUGUUUUAUGCUGUGUUUUCUGUUUUAAUUGUAGGUCUGCACAUUUUAAUGAAACACUGGGAUAUAAAUGUUGAUAAAUCAACUCUAGCUGCUGUCAAUUUAUCUACUUGUUUGUUCUUCCACCCAUAGAUUAUUGCCUUUGCUCUCGAAGGGAAAAAAUCAAAGUUAACCCGAAGACCCAAAUCCAGUGACUAUCAGCUACUGGAACCAAAGGUAUGUUCUUGCCUUAUAGCUUCUUAAGCAACUCCUCUGAAGUUAUUGACCAGAUUGGAUUGGAUUGUAUGUCUGAGCAACUGCAGUUAAAAUCUGUACAAAGGUACAAUAUAAGUCAGGGAUGGGGAGCCUCAGACUUGGGGACCACAUUCAGCCCCAGGCCACACCCCUCAUUGGCUUGGCUUUGCACCAUCUUUGAGUAUUUUUGCCUGGCUGGAGUGUUUCUUUGAACUGGUGUGUGAACAAAGCUAAAAUCCCCAGUUUUUGCUGUGCCCUUAUUUGCCUCUGGCCUCACCCACCACUGACAUCUGCUUCCUGAAAGCUUGCUCAGAUGGGAAUGCAACCCUUGGGCUGAAAAAGGUUGCCCAUCCCUGAUACAAGCCAGACUUUUCUCUCCAAAGACAGCUGCAGGUGAAUUUAAGGGUAAAGGAGCCAACUUAUUAAAAAUCUGUAGUUUCCUUUUGUUCUCUCUGUUCUUAAACAGCGUGUCUCUUUUGCUGAUUACCAACUGAGAAUGAUAGGCGCAUGGAUAUAGUUGCAUGAGAUACAUAUUGUGUUUGUGCGGUAAUUCCUAAUCAACACUGAAAGGACCAAACCAGAGGCAGGAGUUGAAUGCUUAUUGUGCAAGUUUGGCAAAAGCUUUAUGGUGGAAGCAUAGAACUGCACUUCAGCUAGAGUGGGAAGAAGUCGGGUCUUGGAAUAAAGGAUAUGCCAGGUCAAAGCAUUCCAUAUUGAGUAAAUUACAACAAAUGCAACAGGCCAAAAAAGAUGCAGCAUUAAUCUGUAGCUUAUUAAGAUUUACAAGUUUAUCCUUGUUCAUAGAUGAAUGAGUCGUUUGUGCUGUAAUGUUAAUGUGUUUAACAACCUGUGGAGGGUUGCAGGUUAGCCAUCCCAGGUCUUCAGGGCAUUCCUUCAAACUUGUAAGAAAUCUGUUAACUUAACUUUACAUACCCAACAUUGUGUAAUAUUAAAUGUCUAUCUCUCUCUCUCUUUAAUCUGGUGUAGAGUACCAUCAGUACAUUUGUAAAUUGAUUUAAAUCUGUUUUUUCUUUCUUUUUUCUUUCUCUCUGUGCAGAUCUAAAGUAAACCCAGAAAUUCUUACAUGAUGCUGUGUUGAAUAAAAAAAACCUUGUUCCCAGUAUGGGCACACACAAAACAUGGAGGAAGUCUUGCCUUCCGUCAUGAAUGAGUACAGCCCUGAAGCCUAUCAGCUCUGCUGUUGUGCCCCGGGGGAGGGAAGAGCAAGAAGUGCUUUUUCUUGUGCACGUGCACUUUGGAAAUGAUUAUGCCUCAGUCUUUCUAUCCAGUGUUUGUACACCUUUUGGCUACUUGAAGUUGAACUGUGUCCCGUCCCCCCCCCCAUACUGCAACAGAAGAACCCAAAGGGGAUAGCGUGUGUGUGAGUGAGUGUACAUCUCUCCAAAUGAUGUGGUAUAUGAUUUCUACUGUGUCAAAGGGCUGGAUUUAGGAGGCACUUUGUCUAUUGAAUUCACAGCUUGGCUUCCUCGCCUCCUGGCUUCCUGGCAUUUUCAUAAGAAUUGACCUGGUGAGUUUGUAGUUGACUUUGAUGAAGGCUGUCGACUGCUGUCCAUGGUAUUGACCCAGAAGUUCCCUUUGUGCUCCAUUGCAGUAGCUGAGGCAUGUUUUGCCACACAGACCAUUUGGACGUCUUCUGUUUGUAGAUGGCAAUUUUGAGAAAUAAUUAUUCAACAACAAAACUGCUAGAGAUGUCAGAAUACGUGAAAAGGCAGGAUCAUCAUACUCGGCUUGUGACUUCCUAAUUCUUGAUAGAUUUGGCAUAUUUCUGAUUCACUAGAGACUAAAUGUCAAAUGAUCAGGAGGCUGCUGGUGUAAAAGACUUUGGGUUGGGGGUGUUUGAAUCCCUUUCCUCCCCUCACUCUGUGCCAAACUUCUUAGAGAAGAAUCUUGAUUGAUUUGUAAAUCGAUAGUGCCAUAUCCCCAUUCCAAAAUGUCACAGGAGGAUGGCAGUUGUGUCCGGGGCUGUUCCAAUCCACCGAAGGCCACAAAUAAUUUAAAGAUUAUAUACCCUUGGCCGAUCAUUUUCAAGGAAAAUAAAACUGUAAAUAUUUGCUGUUUGAUGUCACAAAUGCACUGUCUUAGCACUUAAAGAGACCCUCGCUUCUAAAAACCAAGAAUUUAAUUGCUUGUUACAUAAGUCUAAAAGUGUUUCUUCACUUCAGAAACCUAAUUUGAGGCACCGCUUCUUAAUUGUGAAGGGCACUUGUGUAAAAUAGAUCACCAAUGCACCACUGAAAAUGGUAGUUCAUGAGUGUGUGUAUGUGUAAUUGCAUAGCAGUGCUGUUUUCUUUCCUAAAUCUGAAUUUCUGGUAAUUCCACAGAGCAGGUUGUAAUGCACAACAGCCUGUUCUAUAUAAUGUGAGUUUAGGUUUGGUGGCUUUCACCACACUGCAAGUGUUCUUUUAGGCUGGUUUUAUUUUUAUUCACCACGAGGAAGUGGAAAUGAAAUGUGAAUGAGAAAGUAGUUUUGAUGUUUGCCUGAGGUUGCAUUUUGUCUUGUGUAUUUCCUCUCAAAAUCCUUUGCUUUCUCAAAUGGAAUGAAACCUGUUAAGCCACAAGUUGUCCCUCUCCGAAGGACAGUGGGGGCCCCCAUCCUUUCUGCAGUUCCUUUCAACCGAUUCCGCCUGCGGAAAUGAAGCCAGUUUGUGGCAUGGAGUCCACUUCAGAUGGAGCAAUUGCAUUUUUGAAUGCUCUUCUGCGGGAAACUUGCUUAUCUGGUUGUCUACUGUGCAAUUAUAAAUUUGCAGGCCAUUAUGAGCACAGGGGAGCCUUCAAACCCGAUUCUCUCCUUGCAACCCCCCAGCAGUUCAAUUCUACCACAUCAUUCUGCCGCAUGGGUAGACUAGACCCAAGACACUUUGCCCAUGAAUCUUUGCUAUCUCAUGGAAGUCCAUGGGCCAGCUAUAGACCAUUUGGUUUUUAAGUAGCCAUACAGAUAAGAAACACGCAACAAAUGGAGAGGAUGGGUAUUGCGUGUCCCCACCGCCAACUGGCCAGUAAAUGACCUCUUGGUUUGCAACUAUCAGAUGAAGUUCCUCUUCUGGCACAUAGUGUAAAUUUCUGGAGUGCAGUAGGAUUUCUGGCUCCGAGCUGUUGGUGAAUAAGCACUGGUGGGUGGAUUCUGUCAUCGUGCUUGUUUCUCUAAUUCUAAAAGAAAACUGGGAAUGUCCCCUCCACCUUUCAUAUAUUUUGUGGUAUUUUUACCUCAGGCAAAAGGCUAAAGUUUUAAGCAGGUAAAAGCUUGCCUGCUAUUUCUGCGUUCAAUUUUUAAAAAAGCUGAACAUCACUUGAAUUGAGUUCCGUUGCUGGAUCACAUUCCUGUCGUGGGGGUGGGAGAGGGGCUUUCUCUCAUUUUUUUUUAAGGUCACCUCCAUUCCCUAUUUGAUCCCGUAAGUGUGCUUCUGGUUUUUGCAGCUUUAAAAAAAAGACACUUUAGGAAAAAAAAGUUCAGGCUUGUUUUUAAUCAAUUUGUAUUUUCCCUUCUGUGUGGUGAAUUAAAUAAAUGAAUACAUGAAACCUUUUGUUUUCUUGAAACAUCAAUUUCUAAACUGUCAUAGCUAGGUAGAGAGAUUAUAAUGAGAUCUUUUCUCCGGGCCUCUGCACUCUGUUCCAACUAUCCAAUUUCCCCUUCCUAUUUUUCUAAACUGGAAAGCCCUGGGUGUUGUAACCCUUUUUCACAGGGGAGUUCCUCCAGCCCUGUGAUUAAUUUGGUUGCAAGGUUACAAGAUCUAAGCGUCUUUGUUCUGAAAACACAUCUCACACUCCUAAGUCACCCCACCUCAAAUCAUCCCUAUGGAACCAUAUAAUGCUAUUUACUUUUAGUCAUGUGAAUGCAAUCUCCAUUAACUGUAGGGUGAAGAAAGCAGUUUCCUUAGCAGGUGGUUCAUCGGUUUGGCGUUCACCUGCUAACAAACACAAAAGCAAAUGUACAAGUCUAACAAAGCGAAAGCUGCUGACUUCCUGGUGCCAUUUAGCGCAUUGACACUGUGUACAUGUUAGUAGUCAGGAUAUUCGCUUCUUGGAGGGAGAUCAAUCUGAUAAUGGUCUGAAACAGGUGUAGGUUACAUGGUGCUCUCCAGAUAUUUUGGACUACAAUCCCCAUUCUAGUCAGUGUGGCUAAUGGUCAGGGAUGAUGGGAAUUGUAGUCUGCAAUGUCUGGCAGGCACUUGGUUUGCUGCUCCUACUCUAGGGCAAACAGCCAGGCCACAGCAGGUCUAGAUUCCACUGUAAGGAAUGAAUUUGGCAUCUUCUGCAUGCAGAGCUUGUGCUCGCUCGCUCCCCUAAGGGAAGUGCUGGUUUGUUGACAACACGUCAUCGUUGGAAAGUCAGAUGAUGAGGUGGAUCACACAUGGCCCAAGUGAUAGAGGUUAUGUUAGCUUUCAGUCAACAAGAGUACAGUAAUUGCAACCCAGUCGGGUCCUGGGAAAUUCCAAUACAACCUAGGAAAUCACAUGCAGGAUGAUGAGUGGUCGAGGCCCCUGCUCCUAACAGCUAGGAUCCUUUGAUUUUAUUUUAAAAUAAAAUAGUUCCAGUGCUGCCUCAUAAAGGGGGGGUAGGGUAGAAUCAAAAUUGUAGUGUUGGAUGGGACCCUGAAGGUCAUCCAGUCCAACCCCCUGCAAUACAGGAAUCCUGCCCACAGCCAUCCCUGGGUGGGCCUGAACCACCUGGUUAGCAGCCAGACACACUGACUCCUUGUGCCACAGGAGGGCUAUCACUUUGCAAGAAGGAGUUGCACUGGCUUGGGAUGCCUAGCCCUCAAAGUUGGUAUGGAUGUCCUGUAUGUUCACCUCAAACGUAUUUUAAGCUUUCAAGGUGUCUAGGGGCACAGAAAGAGGCAGCCUGCAACGGAAAUUUGAGAUAACUGAUCAUGGUCACUGACUGCAUUACCUGGCCAGUUUGGGCCAUUCCUUUGAGAUGAUAAAUACCUUAGUUAAUUGAAUCCAGGUCACAGGCCUACCCUGUUCAUACACAAAAUAAUGCCCUUAAGAUUGGAUCUGAAAGAUUUUUAAGUCAAAAGAACCAUUGGGAGAUGUUUCCCCAAGAUACUUCCUUUGGCAGAGGAAAUAUUUGGGUCAAUAAGAGUCAAGAUUGCUUCAGGAUUGCUCUCCUGUCUAUUUCAGACGUGGUUUAUGUACUUAUUUAUGUGUGCUUACCUUGUGCACUUAGGAACUUUCAUUUUAUUUAUGGCACCUUAGAAUUCUUGUCACACAGGUCUUCUGCCCAUUUCAAAUCUUUCUAGCCAUUUUAUUUUAAGGGUGUUAGCUUUGGUUUGGCCUAGUGCUUUCUCUGCUGCUCCCAUUAUGUGUGCAUUUUCUUAUUCAUCCUUGCUAAUGUUCCUUCUGUUGAAGCAAAGAGGAGCCUUCCAUGCUCCGAAUAAACCUGUCCUUAAAUGCUUAAUUUCUGCUGCCUUUUGCAGUGCAAGAUUUGAGGGGACUGGCAGACUCUCUGCCACUUUCCCACCCUCUGCCAUUGUGAGUCUUGCCCUGUGCUCCAGAGCUGCCUGCAACGUGAAAUGGAUAAAAGUUGCUACUUGUGCUUUUAUUUUUUAAAUAAUCUUUAUUAAUUUAAAUUACACACAUAUACAAAGAAUUUACAAUCUCAUACUAC